AAAGCAUAGAAAUUGUUAGAAACAAUGCUGGGGGUUUAAAAAAAAUCCAAUUAAAAUAUUCGGAAAAACAAUCAUUUAACUCCCAUAUUCUUAGUUAAUCUUAUGUUAAAGUGUAUGGACAAUUAGCUGCAUCGGAAUAUGGAAAUGGCCAGAAGCAUAUUCGGUCGCGACCACGAGGGUUACGUGGGCCGUGAAGAACAUACGCGCAAACUGCAGAACUUGAGCUCCGAAGACGAUAUAGGUGAAUUGCCACCCAUGAUGGAAGAACUGAGCGUGGCUGAUGGCUUGCGUCCCAAUCCUGGGGGACCGUUUUCCGCAUUAACACCAUCAAUGUGGCCACAGGAGAUACUCGCCAAACUGGGUGGCGAAUCGGAACUGGCAGCAUCGGGACCUAACGAUCAACCCGAUUACCGAUUCGAUGAAUUUGGUUUUCGCGUCGAGGAGGAAGAUGGACCAGAGCAGAGCUCAAAUAAACUGCUCAGCAUACCCUUUAUGGAGGAUGCACAGCAGCGUCUGCAGUGGAUAGCACACCUGGAGUUUGCGCACAACAAAGAGGCCAACGAACUGAGCUGGGACCAUGUCGAGCCGCUACUGCAGCGCACAGAAAAACUGCGAAAGAUGGUGCAGAACGGCAUACCGCACAGUCUUCGCCCCCAAAUGUGGAUGCGUUUAUCCGGUGCGCUGUCCAAAAAGCGAAAAAGCGAGACCAGCUAUCAGGACAUUGUCAAGGCUUCCAGCAACGAUCAGUUAAUGACAUCGAAGCAAAUUGAAAAGGAUUUGCUCCGCAUAUUGCCAACAAAUGCGUGCUUUAGUCAUCCAAAUGGCACGGGCAUACCACGAUUGCGUCGUAUUCUGCGCGGCAUUGCGUGGCUCUUUCCGGACAUUGGAUACUGCCAGGGCACCGGUGUCAUUGUGGCCUGCCUGCUGCUGUUCAUGGAGGAGGAGAAUGCAUUUUGGAUGAUGGUCACCAUUGUGGAGGAUCUGCUACCGGCCUCGUACUACAGCUCAACGUUGCUUGGCAUACAAGCAGAUCAGCGUGUGAUGCAAACGCUGAUAGCCAACUAUUUAGCUAGCGUGGAUGAGUCUCUCAAACGGCACGACAUUGAUCUAUCGCUGAUAACGCUGCACUGGUUUCUCACACUUUUCGCGAACGUGGUGCACAUGAAAAUAUUAGUUCGAAUUUGGGAUUGGUUUUUCUACGAGGGUUCCAUAGUGCUUUUUCAGCUAACGCUGGGCAUGCUCAAGGUGAAGGAACAGGAUCUCAAGCACUUGGAAAAUUCGGCGCAAAUCUUCAAUUCACUUUCCAUGUGCUGCGAGGUGGAUGAUGUAGAGGUGCUAUUCCGGCAGGCGCUCGAAGUAGGAGGAUCUUUGAGCCAAACCGUAAUCGACACACAUCGGCGCCGCCAUCUGGCCUAUUUGAUGGCCGAUCAAGGUCAUCAGAUUGGCAAUCCAGAGGCUGCCGCCAAUCUGCCCAAACAGCAGCUAGCCCGACGUCAAGUGCGCAAAAGUAAAUCAAUACUGGAAGCAUUUCUGUUUCGUGGCGAUCCAGAAUCGGAUCAGCUAAAGAACAAAAACAUACGACAGACCGAAAUACUUGUGGAUCUGCGCGAGGCCAUACUAAAGGUGGGCCGUCAUUUCAUAACCAUCGAACCAAAACUUGCGGGACACAUACAACUGACGGCCAACUACAGCAGUGAAUCGCAUGCCAAGGAUCAUGAGAACUUCAUCAAUGUUGCACGCACCCGUAAACGGCGCGCCAAAGCGCUGCAUGAUUUUGAGAGACAUGACGACGAUGAGUUGGGCUUCCGACGCAACGAUAUCAUAACCAUCAUUAGCCAAAAAGACGAGCAUUGCUGGGUGGGUGAGCUGAACGGUUUGCGGGGCUGGUUUCCCGCUAAGUUCGUCCAGCUGCUGGAUGAGCGUAGCAAAUUGUAUACCUCGGCUGGCGACGAUGCCAUUUCGGAGACUGUUACAGAUCUAGUGCGUGGCACUCUAUCGCCCGCCAUAAAAGCAUUCCUCGAGCAUGGCAUGAAACGACCCACAUUCCUUGGCGGACCCAUUCAUCCGUGGCUAUUCAUUGAGGAGGUGUCCUCGCUGGAGGUGGAGAAGGACUUUAAAUCUGUGUAUAGCCGUUUGGUGCUUUGUAAAACUUAUCGCCUAGAUGAGGAUGGCAAGGUAUUGACGCCCGAGGAGCUACUUUAUCGCUGCGUGCAGACCAUUAAUCAAACACACGACAAUGCGCAUGCCCAAAUGGAUGUCAAACUACGUUCGCUCAUCUGUCUGGGCCUCAACGAGCAGGUGUUGCAUCUGUGGCUUGAGGUACUUUGCGCCUGCCAGGAGGUGGUGCAGAAAUGGUAUCACACCUGGAGCUUCAUUGAUUCCCCAGGCUGGGUGCAAAUUAAAUGCGAAUUGCGCAUACUCUCACAGUUUGCCUUCAACCUGAAUCCGGACUGGGAACUUCCGCCCAAGCGUGGCAAGGAAUCGCAGCCACUUAAGGAUGGUGUUCGCGAUAUGCUUGUCAAGCAUCAUUUGUUCUCCUGGGACCUAUGAGUCGGCUACAGGCGCAUACAAACGUGAUCUAUGGGAAUGCAUCGCAAAAAUAUUCUACUUUUCUUUUAUAGAUUUGCGUAAUGCUAUUCAUUAAGUAUGUACAAUCAUGCACGUUGCCCAAUCCGCCCUCAAUUCCUAAGUAUUUAACCUGAUCAAAACCUACGCGGGAACUUUGCUUUAAUAUAUCGUGCUUUCAUUUCUUGUGCAAUCUUUUCUAAGAAACUUAGAUCUUCGGCCCACCGAAGUAACAUGUCCUUGCAGAAUAUGUAGAGGACUUUCCCGAAUUUCCAACGCAGCUUUUUGUUCAAUUACUCUGCAGGGGUAUACACUUAGCUUGUUAAAAACUUCUUUGUUGUUGUACGCUUAUCAUUACUUAAGCCCCAUUUGCAUAUAUAUACAUAUAUAUAUAUAUAUAUAUACAUAUAAAUUUAGUACUUGCUAUUUAAUUACUUUAAAAUAUAUCCAUCCAUAUUUGUAGCUCUCACAUAACCUAAAACCCAGCACACAAAGAAUUGUACUAAAUUACAAACAUAAUGUACCUUUGAAUUUAAAUCAAAUCUUAUAAAGUAUUUAUAAUAUAUAUACACCUAGACAUUUAACAAUCUAAAACGCAUUUCAUUAAAGUUUAAAAAAAAAUAUAUAUAUAUAUAUAUAUACAUAUAUAUAGCAAUUGUAUAUUACGUUGAGUUGCAUUCUUGCUGGUUUAUAUUAAUUGCAGACCAGUCCCAAGUAAUCAUCCAUCAGAGUUCCUAUAGCAAACUGUGAUAAGAAAUAAAUUAAAUGUUUACAAUUUAAAUGCAAAUCCUUGUGAAAAGAAAUGCACUUACAAUGCCGGUGGCAUCAACACGAGUGCCGACAAUCUUCAGGCGUAUUUUAUCCUCCCCUGAGAUGACAACAUCUUCAUCUUUGGACUUGUAGCAUGGCGGAUUGCCAUUUGGGCAGAAUUGCAUGUCAGCGGGAAUAGACUGUAAAAAAUGUAAAAAUUACUCAAUACACAAUCACACACCAAAUUCCAAACUCACAUGAUGCGAUAUAAAACACGAUAAUGGUCCGAUUUCGGCAAACAUGCCCACUUUAUUUAUCUGUUUGACGACAGCGUCGAGGACUUCACCCUUGAAUGGCCGGAACACAAUAGCCUUAUAUUUCACUGGGUAUACAACAAAGCCCUGACCUGGCUGUAUAACACCAGAGCCGAUCAGGUCUAUAGUUGUGACAGCUAUAACGAAACCAUAUUUGCCUGUACAUGUGCCCUCCACCUCCGAGUAGAGCUUCUGUUUCACCGUCUCCAACAAUUGUGGCCCAAAGUAGCGCGGAUGUAGCAGAAUUUCGUGUUCAAGUGAAAUCUUUGUGGCGCAAAGUUAAACAAAAGUUUCAACACAAAAUAAACAGUGUAACUUACGUGAUAAAA